UUGUUUGGAAGUGUCAGGUCAUUAGCCUGUGGUGGAAUUCGGUUCAAAAUUGAUGAAUUGUCUCGGACGAAUUGGAGUGUAAAGGAUACAAAAGAUAGCCAGUCAUUUGGUAAGUGUGGGUACUAUUAUCCUUCGCCUAUUUUCUUGGAACUCAUGCCUUUUUUGUGGUCAUUAGCCUGUGGUGGAAUUCGGUUCAAAAUUGAUGAAUUGUCUCGGACGAAUUGGAGUGUAAAGGAUACAAAAGAUAGCCAGUCAUUUGGUAAGUGUGGGUACUAUUAUCCUUCGCCUAUUUUCUUGGAACUCAUGCCUUUUUUGUGGUUUGAUGAUGAUACUUUCUAG